AUGGCUACAAGUUUGUCUAUUGGUCUCAUUGUGCUGUCGCUUUUCUCUGUUAUUUCAUGUUCAGAUGUCCCCAUGCCUGGCGGUUCAAUUAAUAUCAGUCCUGAGCGACCUGAUGUUCUGAAAGCCGCCAACUUUGCCAUCAAUGAGUUCAACAAAAAAUCAAAGGAUGACUACCUCUGCAAACUUAUAAAGGUUAUAUCUGCUCAAUCCCAGGUAGGAAAAUAUAUGGGAUAAUUCAAUGAAAUGGGAAUGGGGAUCAUAUACUAGACUGUAAAAUUAAAAUUUUAAAAGCUAAAAUGUAUGUUGGAAAUUCCUCCAGAAUGUAUUUGUGUGUGUGUUGCUCAGCACCCUUUUCCACGCAUGUGUAUAUUUUAAUCCUGUUUGUGUUUCUAUCCUAAUCCCCUCUCAUUCCUAUGCAUGUCUCUCAACCUCCCUUUUAACUUUGUGUCGCUUAUUCCGCCUCAUGUACAUCUUACCCCCUUUGUAUAUAUUAACCCCUUUUGUGUAUUGUAUCCCCUUUAACAUCUCUAUUUUUUGGUCUUUUACCCUCUGUGUCCUCAUCUCUACUAUUGCCUUUUUUGUGUCUUGCCCCCUCUUGUCCUUUAACUCCCCCUUGUGUCUUUUAACCCCCCUCUUUUCCCCUUUUGUAUUGUGGCCUCACGGACUGUUAUAGAUGAACUCCUGUAUCCUCUACCUUGCGUACUUGGACUGGAAGGGGUGGGGAAAGAACGCUCCCACACUGAGAGAAGCUUUCUCAAACUUUCACUUAUAGUUAAAUGUAUGUGUGAGAGGUCUGAAAAAUAAAUAUAGAAAACUGUGCUGAUCCUCUACCUUUAAGCUCCUUGUCAAUCAUUGUUAUAAAAAUAAACCGUCUUUGCACAUGGCAGUCAGAAAAGAGAGAGCAUAGUAUCAUGGAGUUUUAAGCUUGCUUCUGAUAUAUUUUAUAACAAUUUAUUUUGUUUGCCAGCAUUUUUCCAUGUGUGGCUUCAUAUGCUCCCUAACCUCAUUUUUCUCGGUAAUGGAUUUAUACAUAUUUUUUUUUUUCUGCCACUUUCUUUGCAAGAAAAGUGUUGUUUUACUUCUCUUUUUCUGAGUUAUCUCUCAACUUUGUUUCAUCAAAAAUGAAGAUAUCUGUGAGUACAUAUAGUGUAUGCGAUGUGUCUGCUGAAUUCAGAUGUCUUUUCAAAUAUUAAGAAUUUAAAAAAAAUUUAAAAUGGGAAAAUAGAUGUUUGGUUUUUUUUUGGUUUUGUUUUUUUCUGUUCAGUUAUAUAGGCCUAAAUUGAGCAAAUUCAGCACUAAAAUCCCUCAAAUCACUGUUCAGAGAAUAGCCCCUGUUUAAUUGCUGCAGUUGGUUAGGAAAUAUUUUUAACACUGUUCUCAGCAUUUCAUGUCAUUUUUCCAUUUUAAUAUUUUGCUUUAGGUUGUUGAAGGAAUAAAUUAUUUUCUGGAAGUGCAAAUUGGAAGAACGCAAUGCAAAAAAGAUGCCAACAGCGAUGUACAAUCCUGCAACCUGUUUCAGGACUCAAAAUUGUCUCAGGUGAUUAGAAAAUCAUUAAAUAUUGUGCAAAAUGUAUGUAAGCAAUUUAAGAAAAUCAUGUUAACUAAUAUUUAGGAGGGAACUGACAUUUUUUGCUUUAAAAAUUUCCUAUGGUUCCUGCUAUUUUUUGGAAUACAUAUAAAAAAUAUAUAUAAUAUUUAUAUAUUUGUUAUAUUCAUUCUUGUCCUGACACAGCCCGAGUGCAUGAUAUAAAUUAAUUUAAUGCCAAAGGAGUCAUGAGAGUGUUCGAGGGCAAGUCAUAGUUUACAUGACAUCUGACUCCAUUUUCAAAGCAGAUCCCAAAGCAUACCUGAGCAUGCUUCGUAGCCCCAUGGAACAUUGCAUUUCAUACUACUGCAGUAAUCUAAUUAGAUCAGGGGUGCCUACAAUGUAUAUCCAUAGAGGUUGUUAAACAGCAAUUCCCAUGAUGCGUUGCCAUUAAAAAGCAUUCUAAAGGAACACAAGUAUUAUGGGAGUUGUAGUUUUACCACAUCUGGGGAUCUACUUUUUGGGCACCCCUGAAUUAGAUCUAUUAUUUAUUAAUCCAACAUUAUUAUUGAAUAACGUUGUUAUUCACAUUUUAUUACUAUGAAGGUUAUUUAAAUUGUCUACCAGUAUUUUGUUUUGAUUUAUUUUAAUAUAUAAAAUUAUAGUAUUUGCAUCUUUUUUGUGUGUGUGUGUGUUUUCAAUGACUUCCAAAAGGUAACAGAUUUGCUUUGUUUUAUUGUUGUUUUGUUAUUUUGCAGGUAUCUGUUUGCAGAUUCCAAGUCUGGGACAUUCCAUGGUUAAACAAGGAAACACUUACCAGUUACUCCUGUACAGCACAGUGAGCACAGGUUUUACAAAAACACCCACUGAUCUUGCAGAUCAGAAGCAAUUUCCAUUGAAUAAACUUUAUCAAGCAAAAUUCUGA